AUGUACUCAGAGCCCAUGAUGACUGCUAUGGCUGUUCACUCGCCAUGCAGGGAAGAAGUGGUUAGCAGCUUGAAGAGAUACUGUAGGGAAAUGGGUAGGAGAAACUCAAGCUGCAGCAGCAUGGGAGGAGACGAAGUCACCUGCCAUGGUCAGUGGAGAGUGACUGCCCAAGCUGCGCGCCGAGCCCGGGGGAGAUGCGGGACCACCCACUGGCGGGGAAGCAGCGAGCAGCCCUCUCGCGCCCCCGCGCCGCCGCCGCCGCCGCCGCCGAGCGCCUCCUGCCUCCGCGCCCGGACGCCAACCCGCUCGCGCCUCGGCCCCGGCCCCACGCCGCCGCCGCCGCCGCCGCCGCCGCCCGCCCCGCAGCCCCGCAGCCCCGCAGUCCCGGCACCCCGCAGCCCCGCAGCGCCCCGACCCCGGGGACGCCGGCCGCGCAGUAAGUUGGCAGGAGCGAGUGGCCUGGGCGGCUCGCCUCCCCCGCACCUUUUUGAACUUGUUGCUGUUGGCUCUGCUCGCCUGCGCCUGGCUUUUGGGAAGGUGACAAGGAGGAGGGAGGCACGGAGGGGUGGGGGAAGGGGACGGAGAGCUCGCCAGAGCUUUAUUUAUGCUCCCCGGGCGCCUGGGAUCCGGCUGCUCGGGAGCCGCCGGCUCUCCCUUUCCUUUUCCGGGUGCAAGGCGACGGCAAAGUCUCUAUGCAACUCAGCCCCGGCGCGCACUUUGCCAGGUAUGUACCGCGGGCGAGGCGCGUUCUGCGCGGAGGCAGAUGAUGCUGCCGCCGAGGCGGCGGCGGCUGCCAGCUCCGGGGCUCUAUAACUGUCACACUGCACCUGAGCUGAACUUGAACCGAGAGUGAAGGGGGCCAUCGGGGGCGAACGCUCCUGGCUGGCGCAGAGGGUGUCUGUCGUCGUCGGGGAGAAAGAGCCCCAGACCGACGCCCCCCGCCGCGAGCCCUGCACUUCACCUCCAUCUCUGCAAGCGCCGCGGGAGCAGAGGCGGCCAGCGGACUCCCAGGGACGCGGGACAGUGCCUGUGACCGCAUCUCUCCGGAGCUACAACAACAGGUCGUCUUUUUGAGACGCCUUUGGCGGGAAGGACUACUUCAGCCGGAAAGGGAAGGUGAAAAGGUUCUUUCUUUGAAGAGACUACCCCUGGGCGACUCCUCCUGCUUCCUCUCUCCUGCUCUCUAGACUGACCCCAUAUCAGCCAGACUGUGCCAGGCGAGGAGAAGUGAAGACACCUGUUUGAGGCUGUCCCCGAAGUCACCUGUGUGCUUACAUGUGCCAGGAGGUGCCCUGGUCCGACUGCUGGCAGAGAUCUGUUUAGGUUCUAUGGAGAGAGAUUUUUAGGUCACUGUAUUUUUUUUUUUUUUUCUUAGUAUUCC